AUGCCAACAAGAUUAUUAAGUCAUAUUAGCUGUGAGAGUUCGAAGUUGGAUCAACUAUUCUGUCAAAGUUGGUUACUGAUAACGGAAAUAGACACUAACAAACGGAAGAAGUCAGGAACUACUAG